ACAGAGUCAAUAGAGAUGAGAGUGAUAAUAGCCCAUUUCGAAGGGUUUAUUCGGAAUACUUUGGGGUGAACAUCGGAACCUGCACUCGGUCAUUAGGCCAUCGCUAAUCUCCUCAUCUUGGUGUGACUCAACGGGAAGCGUUAUAGCAUGAGUGAGUCAGUGAAGGUGGCCGUGAGGUGCAGGCCCAUGAACCAGAGGGAGAAGUCCUCUGGGUGUCAGAAUAUCCUCUCGGUGGAUCCAAUCGCCAAGACCUGUACAUUGGAGGGUUCCACCGGGGGUGGAAAGUCGUAUCAAUUUGACGCGGCGUUUGGUCCAGACAGCACAACUGAAAAGGUCUACGAGGACGUGGGUUCGGUCGUUGUUGAGGCCGUCCUCGAAGGCUACAAUGGCACCGUCUUCGCCUAUGGCCAGACUGGCUGCGGCAAGUCCCACACGAUGCACGGCUUCGUCGAGAAAACCCUGGAGCACAUCUUCGAGGCGACAUCGACAGCUUCUUCCGACACCCGAUACCUGGCGCUUCUGUCUUACCUCGAGAUUUAUAACGAACGACUGCGGGAUCUCCUCCAGGACAACUGCGUCGAGGGUAGCCUCCAGCUGAAGGAGGACCCUUCGCGCGGGACUUACGUCGCCGGAGGCCUGCGGGAGGUCACCGUCAAGGACGCGGCGGAGUGCGCCAGACUGGUGGAGCAGGGGGACAAGCGGCGCGCAUUGGCGGCGACGAAGAUGAACGCGACAUCCUCGAGGAGUCACGCGGUGUUGACGAUUUCUCUGGAGGCCUUGGCCAUGGGGGAGGACACGGCGAAGCGGGGGGCAGCGGUGAGAAGGGGUCGGCUCCAUCUGGUGGAUUUGGCUGGGUCUGAGAGGCAAUCGCGGACUGGGGCCGCUGGCGAUCGGCUGAAGGAGGCUGCUAGCAUCAAUCUGAGUUUGUCAGCACUCGGGAAUGUGAUCAGUGCACUUGCCGCGGGGAACGGGCGACAUGUGCCGUACAGGGACAGCAAGCUGACGAGACUUUUGAGGGAUAGUCUGGGGGGGAAUGCGAGGACUUUGAUGAUAGCCUGUGUGAGUCCCUCCGAUGACAACGGGGAGGAGACACUGAGCACGCUGAGGUACGCCGCCAGGGCGAGGUGCAUUAAAAAUAAACCCGUUGUCAAUGAGGACCCCAAGGACGCGCUGUUGAGGCAGUAUCAGCUCGAGCUGCAGCGGCUGAAGAAGUUGUUGGAAGGAUCGAAGGAUUUUGAUGGGGAUGAUGAGGAGGAGAGGGAGACGAAUUUGACGUACAACGAGGAGGUGGAGAAGUUGAAGAGGGAGUGCGAGGACUCGAACAUGUCGGCGCAGAGGCUGCGGGAGGAGCUGGAGGCCCUCAGGGGGAGGUAUGAGAGUGGGAAGGAGAAUUUCGCCGCGGAGACGGGGCUGCAGGCCAAGGUCUGGACCUCCACCACGAGGGAGAUCGACGAGAAGAGGAGGAGGAAGAGGGAGGCUGCCAAGAGGGAGGUCAUGCGGCGGCUGGAGAGGCUCACCAUUGGGGGAGAGGCGCAGGGGGAUGCUGAGUUGAGGAAACGGAGGGAGAGGAGGAGGCGGCGGCUGGAGAUCAUCGCUGCGGCGCUGGAGAAGAGCGCGCAGGAGGGGAGUGGCGGGGCCUUCGAGGUCUAUGGACAGCUGAGGACUACUGAGGAUGCCCUCAAGAGGAUGGCUAAGAGGACCAAACAACUGGAGGCUGAAGCUCUCGAUCUUCAGGCGUCCUGGGACGCGGAACGUCGUGAACUCUUACGGAGAGAACUGCUUGCAACACAGAUAUGCGAGGCUAUGCUGCCGCAUCUGCGUCCUGGUUGUCCGUUGCGUGACCUCACCGCUGUACGUGCUGCAGCAACAUGGUGCGAUGAGCUUGGUAGAUGGAGAUUGCCGGAUGCCUCGUCCAGAAUACCACUGCCACCUCCACCACCGCUGGGACGCGACGGCCGGAGAUCAAAACCCGAUCACAAUAAUAAUAGUGAUGAUAAGGAUAGCGAUGAUGAGUCGAGGGGUGAAAUGAGCCAUCACGAGAGGAAGGACAUUGUCGGGACUUAUUUCAAGAGGAAUAGAAUUGAUGAGCUGUUGGCUAGGGCUAGGGAGGCCAAGACCUUUGAAACCAACGGUAGACUAAGUAAAUCCGGUGGUUCGGACGACUCCACCAACAGCUACCUUCAGCUGAAUGCCCUGAACCUCCAGACGAGUGCCCCAACCGUGGAGACCCCUGGCAAAGUCCCCGCACAUCUCGCUGGAGGACGUCCCAUAGGCUCCUUCAACGCCUGGCUGGUCCAGGACACAGCGCCCCGGUCAAUGCUGAGUUCAAGUCAUUCCAAGAAAAUACCUCCACGUAUUCUCGAGGCUCUGCCCUCCCGCAUGACCUCCUGACGAGACUACGAUGCUAAGGAUCGUCAGUCAUAUCAAUUUUUACGAUAUGUUCUCGAUGGUCUCCAGUGAAAGUCAUUACGUAAAGCUGCAAAACCGAAGAGACUCUUAUUUUUUAAUACUUUUGAUUGUGGAACAGGCAGUCUUCAUUGGGAGAUGUGCGGCGGAUUUGGAGGCUUCUCUGACAGUCGCAGAAUCGUUUUUUUAUUCCUCCAGAGGUCAUGGAUGGGGACAAUUGCAGGCCUGUGGACAGUUGUUAAUGCACAUUACGUGCGUCAAAGUGUUCCAAAGAAAUUUUAUUUGAUUCCAUAAAAUACUCUGUUCUGUGAAUACUUAACAGAUGUCUCCGGUGAUAAAUACAAAGUGCUAAGUGCGAAUUUUAAUCAAUAACCAGUCUCAGGAGUGAGAAAAAACUCAAAUGAACAAACAACGAGUGCUCGAUUGCGAGAUAAUCUCUCUCUUCGUGGAGUUUUUUUUCUCUCGUUUAACGACUCUUGCGAUCAUUAUCUGAUCGUUCAUGACCCACACGGUUCACAAUAUAUCUUUUUGAGUAUGAUAAUUGUUACUUGUACAUGGGGUACAUAAAUUGAAGGUAUUUGUCAAGGC